CGCUUGGGUGGAACUGCAUAAGUUUUUAUUGAGCUGUGGCUGUGGUCUGAAUAUAUAGUUAUAAACAGGAAAUCAAUUGUUACUUCUACAUGAUGACUAGUUUAUCGCUAUACUCACUUAUCGUGAUGCUGGGGAUAGUUUUUGGACAGGAGGAUAAAAUUACCGGAAAAACUUUUUACCCCACCGGAUUUUUAGCCGCCGGAAUAGGGUUCCUACCCGAUUUACAACAGUCUGCACCCAAAGAACAAGUGUUCCUCCCCAACGGACAACAGUUCCCUCCUUACACCCCAAAGUUCCCUCCUAACGGCAGGGAGUUGAUUCCCUACGGCUCACAGAUCCCUUCUAGCGGCAGAGAGUUCCCUUCCAACGGACAACAGACCCCUAACAAUGGAGAACAGUCACCUUCCAACGCCCAACAGAUCACCACCAAGCAGACCUGUCUACCCAGGGAAUGGGCCGCCAACUGCCCGACUUCUCCGCUGCCCUUUAAGGCUAACAUGACUCCAGUCUUGAUUAAUUAUAUUCUGACCUUACACAACUACCUACGUAGUUCAUCAUUGUUGGGACGAGGUGCACCUCCAAAGGUGCUCCCGCUUCGCUGGAACGCAGAUCUGGCCACUUUAGCGGAAGGUAAUAUUAUGCAGUGCAAGGUGGUCCAUGAUGAAUGUGCGUCUGUGAAGUACAAGAGGUCCGCACAGAACAUAGCGCUAAGUAGCUACACCGGAAAUUUGAAUGCACGAUCGGAUAACGAGUUGGUAAAGUCGUGUCUUCAUUCGUGGUGGAACGAGUACAAAGCUAGCAACUAUCAGAAUGUGGGACACGGCAAACAUAUCGCAGUGGGCUGUGCUGCUUCCAGAUUCUUUCAAAAUAAUGAGCAUAAGUUCCUGUUUGCCUGCAAUUAUGCUACGACCGAUUCAGACGGAAAUCUAGAGAUCGCUGAUGGCCAAAGGAACGCUAAUGCCAUGAGUAUAUUUUCCUAAAUGAGACUUUGUUUUUGCAAAAAAAAAAGAGGGUUACGAUAUGAGUAUUCCCCAUUAAGUCAACAUUUUAGAUGAUUUAUAAAUAAAGCUUACCAUUCC